UUUAUCUCCUUAGACUACACUGGUGGGAAAACAAUUAUUUUCACUGGAGCGGCAGACCACUUGGUCCCAUCCACCUCCUUGCCAUUGCUCCAGGGGGAUCUGUUCCGCGUGGCAGGGAGAAUAAUCGGACAUUCUUUCUUAAAUCGGGGUCCACUUUUGAGUGGGAUGGGCCAGUGCCUUUUCCCUCUGCUGGCCAGCAAGGACAUGGGGGUCAUAGAUGCUGCAGUCUUGCAGUUGGAAGAUUUUCCAGAUUUGGACAUUGUCAGCCUUCUUGAAAGCCAGACUGUCCUGACCCCCGAAAAUGUGGACCAGGUGAACCACUUGGCCCUCAGCUGGGACCUGCCCAAUCUUACAGAGAACAACAGGAAGUUGUUGGCCCAACAAAUCCUCCAUCAUGGAGUAAUUGUCAGACGUGAGAGGCAAAUGGUGCAGUUGCGGAAAGGGCUGAAGGACACUCGCGUCCUGGAAAUGUUAAAAGAACGGCUUGAACUGGCAUCUACCCUGUUCCCCAGAUCUGCAGAGGCAGAGCUGGAGCCAGAGAUGAUAAUAGAACGGAUUGUGUGGCCAGAACCAGACAGCGAUGAAGAGGAAGAAAUUGAUGAUUACUGCAGUGUGGUUGCUUACUUGCGGCAGUACAUCAGCUUAGCUUCAUCCUCCGAACUGCAGCAGCUUAUUGAGUUUUGGACGGGGUGGGCGUUGCUGCCGGACGAGCUGUACGUCAGUGUUGACCGGGAUGCCACCUACCCGACAGCUUCUACCUGUUUCACCACAUUGAAAAUCCCAACAGGGAUUUUUGUUUUAAAUUGGGGGUAGCUGUGAGCACCACUAAGUUUGGUUUUGGAAGGAUCAAGGUUUUGGGUCUUGGUUUCUAUCAUUUUACCUUGUCUUACCUUUUUAGUUCAUAUUGUUCAUUUUUGCAGUUUGCAAUGUUAUAUUCAAUCAUGCACUGCUGGAGCUAAACCGCAGUUUUCUAAGAAUGCCAAAAAGGGCGUUUCGAGCAUUGAAUUUAGUUAAUUAGUUAAUUUUUUAAUAAAAGCAAAGCUCAAUAGGCAGAAGCUAGUUUGUCACAGUAUUGUCACUCAUUUAUAUUAUUUUGGUUCAGUUCAUGCCAAUGGAACUGCAGUAUGUUUGGAUGAGGAAAAAUUAAGCAUACACUGCAUGUAAAGGGGAAGGUAGAUUCAUAUAUAUUUACAAAUAUUAACAAAUAUUUGGAAAUCCUUGGAGAGAACAUCAUGCUGUUUGAAAAAUGUCUUGUAACUGCUGUGACUUUACUGACGUGUAAAGGCCUGAUUCCGGACGCGUUACGGCAACGUUACGGCUGCGGCACGUCUUGGCCGCGAUCACCGCAGCAGAUAGGUUCCACUCUAAUCAAUGAGACCAUUUCCACCGGGCGCGGCUGCGGAACGUCUCAGCAGCGUCCCAGGAGCGGCUCGCCGUGCCGCAGCGCUAUCAUUCCGUAGCAUUUCUAUUUUUGCCGCAAGCCGUUGCUGAACCGCGUCAAUUUCAACAGAGCAGAUCGAGCAGGGCAGGAAGUUAAAAAGUAAAAGCCAUAGAGCAUCCGGUCAAUUUUCAAAAUAAAACACAAUACUCAGCUCAUGUAGCCUAUCACAACGUCAUUUAUGUACCAAAUCAUCCUUUUUAUAAGGGCAAUGGCCGGAAGGACAAAGCGUGGCAUUUAAUUGCAGUAGUUUUGGGAGUGGAAGGUGAGUACAUUAGGUUUAGGAUUAUCGCGUGAU